UCCUCUUUGCCGAUUGCUCAAGAUGGCGGCGUUCGGCUCAGACCGUUGGCUCAGCGGUUUAGCAAACCACGACAUUUUCAAGAAAAUACGCGACAAGUUGGGCUCGGAGCCCAUGACGUCCGAGCGAGCGGUCGCAAAGAAUCUUAUCUUUUGCUUGGGCGGCGACUUCUUCUUGUGGGACGACGCGGACCGCGUGUUUUACACGACGAGUCUGCGCCAGUUGAACACGGCGGAGGAGCAAGACGGUGGGAGCUUCCAGACGCUGAUGUGUAUCAACCCUCCUCGCUUCCCGGUGUGCCAGCUCCUUCUCAGCCCCACGCAGGGCCACGUAGCGCUAGUGGGCGAGCGGGGCGCCUCGGUGCUGGAGCUCCCGCAGCGUUGGGGCAAAAGGUCCGAGUUCGAGGGCGGGCGCAGCCUCGUCAACUGCAAGACCACCCCGGUGGCCGAGCGCUUCUUCACCAGCUCGCCGUCGGUGAGUCUCCGCCAGGCGGCCUGGUACCCGAGCGAGACCGGGGAGCCGCUCCUGGUACUGCUCACGUCCGACAACACCAUACGCUUUUACGGCUUGAAGGCCCCCCAGGCUCCUGUCAAAGUGGUGCCCGUGUCGCAGUGCGAUGACGACAGCAGCGUGCAGGUGCCGGCCCGCUCCUACGCGGCCUCCCUGGGGGAGGUCGCCGUAGCCUUCGACUUCGGCCCGGUGUCCUCCGUGAGGGAGAGGCCCGUCUACCCGCUCUACAUCCUCUACGAGAACGGCGAGACGUACCUGUGCCACACCAGCCGGGUGACCACGGUGAGCGUGGGGAAGCGCGUGGGCCCCCUGCCCAUGUACCCCGCUGCUGAGGACAACUACGGCUACGACGCCUGCGCCAUCCUCUGCCUGCCCUGCGUGCCCCGCAUCCUGGUCAUCGCCACGGAGACGGGCAUGCUGUACCACUGCGUGGUGCUGGAGUCGGACGACGACGACGCGGAGCCCAGGUGGAUAACAGGCGGGGUGCCGGCCCUCUACGUGUUCGAGUGCGUGGAGCUGGAGCUCACCCUCAAGGUGGCGUCGGCGGCGGGCGACGACACCGAGGAUGAGUUGGACUUCACCUGCCCCAUCCGGCUGCACCGGGACGCGCUGUGCCCGCAGCGCUACCAUUGCACCCACGAGGCGGGCGUCCACAGCGUGGGUCUCAUCUGGGUGGACAAGCUGCAGACAUUCCUGCGGGCGGGCGACGAAGACAGGGACGGUCUGCCCGAGCUGGCGGCCGAGCGACGUUGCGCGGUGGAGCACAUCGUGUGCACCCGGCCCCUCGCCGCCAGCCGCUCUGCCCCGGUGCGAGGCUUCCUCAUCGUGUCGGACCUCUCGCUGGGAGCCACCAUGAUCUGCGUGAGCGCCGCCUACGAGUGCAUCCUGCUGCCUUUGCUCAGCUCCAUCCGGGCUCCCUCGCCGCCGUUGCUGUGCAGCCAGUCCAACCCGGGCUCGGCCAGCUCUCCUCUGCGCGGCCUGGCCGGAAGCUCCUUCGAGCAGCAUGUCCGCAACAUCCUGGCGCGGGGCUCCACCAACCCGCUCCUGCUCAAGGCUGGCGACGGGGAGCCUUCACCCCAGGAGCGCCUCCAGCUCCUAAGUCGAGCCACGCAGGUGUUCCGUGAGGAGUAUAUCCUGAAGCAGGACAUGGCACGCGAGGAGCUCCAGAAGCGCGUCAAGCUCCUGCGAGGCCAAAGGGCCAAGCAGCUGGAGGAGAUGGCGCAGUGCCGAGAGGAGCGCCAGAGCCUGCGCGAGGAGGCCGAGCGGUUGGCUGACAAGUUCGAGGACGCAAAGUACCGGCAGGAGGCCGUGGCCGAGCGCGUCAAACGCGUGCUGGCCGGCCAGCAGAUCCGCCUGCCCAUCCUGUCCAACAGUGAGAAGGACAUGCGCAAGGAUCUGCAGGCCAUGGGGGAGCAACUCAGGCACUUGGACAUCUGUAUCAAGCAGGUGAAGAUGAAAAUGGAGUACCAGAAGACGCAGGUGGACAAGGAUGCCCCUGUAGCUGCCCCCGCCCCCGGGAGGGCCUCCAUCUCUUUGAGCGCAACACAGAAGAAGGUGGUGCAGGACGUGCUUCGUGAAGAGGGCCAGCAGAUCGUGGACAUGAUGAAGAGGGUCAAGGAGAUGUUUUGCCUCAUCGCCAUGAGGAGCUCCGACUUGUACUUGAGCAACAAGUGAGACGUUACCAUUGUCGCAGACUUAACUUUUGAUAACGCCCUGUUUGUAAUGUCCCAAAAUAAAGCAUAUUUUGGAGCUGUGUUUAAAAUGGUAAGUUUGUACGUUGAAUAAAAAAAAUGCUAA